GUUAACAGUGUGUCUGUGUUGUCUCUAGGUGCUGACCUGCCUGGUCUGAUAGACCUUGAGUCCCUGUAUCGUGGUGUGGAGCAGAGUAUCAACCAGACCCGAGCCCAGAGACAGAGGAGACAGAGUCCAGAGAGAGCCUACAACAUCGAGGUCCUACUCGGGGUGGAUGACUCCGUGGUCCAAUUCCAUGGCAAGGAACACGUCCAGAAGUACCUGCUCACACUCAUGAACAUCGUGAAUGAGAUUUACCAUGACCCCUCUCUGGGAGCCAGGAUCAACGUGGUGCUAGUACGAAUCAUCAUGCUAGGCUAUGGGAAGUCUAUGAGUCUGAUAGAGUUGGGGAACCCGUCUCAGAGUCUGGAGAAUGUGUGUCGCUGGGCCUUCCUGCAGCAGAAACAGGAGACAGGAGAUGCAGAGUACCACGACCACGCUAUCUUCCUCACACGACAGGAGUUUGGGCCUACUGGCAUGCAGGGUUAUGCUCCAGUAACAGGGAUGUGUCACCCAGUGAGGAGCUGUACUCUGAACCAUGAGGAUGGCUUCUCUUCUGCCUUUGUGGUAGCACACGAGACGGGACAUGUGCUGGGUAUGGAGCACGACGGCCAGGGGAAUCGCUGUGGAGACGAGGUGCACAUGGGGAGCAUCAUGGCCCCGUUGGUCCAAGCUGCCUUCCACCGCUUCCAUUGGUCCCGCUGUAGCCAGCAGGAGCUGGGACGUUACCUACAAUCCUACGACUGUCUCCGUGACGACCCCUACGAACAUAACUGGCCAUCCCUGCCCAGACUUCCUGGUCUGCACUACUCCAUGAACGAACAGUGUCGCUUCGACUUCGGCGUGGGCUACGUAAUGUGUACCGCGUACCGGACGUUUGACCCCUGCAAACAGCUGUGGUGCAGCCACCCUGACAACCCCUUCUUCUGCAAGACCAAGAAAGGACCACCAAUCGACGGAACCAUGUGUGGGGACGGGAAGCACUGCUUCAAAGGUCACUGUAUCUGGCUGACCAAUGACAUGAUAAAGCAGGACGGUGGGUGGGGUGUGUGGAGCCAGUUUGGGUCCUGCACUCGUACCUGUGGAGGAGGGGUGCAGUUCAGAACCCGCAAAUGUGACAACCCCAGGCCUGCUAACGGAGGUCGUACCUGUCUGGGUGCUUACCAACAGUUCCAGCUGUGUAACAGCCAGGAGUGUGAGGAGCUGUACAGUGACUUCAGGGAGGAGCAGUGCCGUAGGUUGGACACCGAGUUUGAGUUCCACAACAACAAACACCACUGGCUUCCUUAUGAACACACCGAACCUAAGCAGCGCUGCCACCUCCAUUGCCAGUCCAAGGAGACCAGACACAAGAGCAACAUGCAGAGGCUGGUCCAAGACGGCACGCUCUGCUCAUAUAGAGACCCCUACAGCGUGUGUGUGCUUGGGGUUUGUGAGAAAGUGGGCUGUGACGGCGUGGUAGGGUCCUCCCAACAGGAAGAUAAGUGUGGCGUCUGUGGAGGAGACAACUCCAGCUGCAAGAUCAUCAAUGGCAACUUCACACGAAGUGCCAAGAAACAAGGUUUCCUCAAAGUACUUGAAAUUCCCAGAGGGGCCAGACACCUACUGAUCCAGGAGAUUAAGCCAACAGCCCACAUCCUAGCGGUGAAGAACCAGGCUUCAGGACAGUUUUUUCUGAACGCGGAGGGAGACCUCCCAGAAUCCCGUGCGGUCAUAGAAAAGGGCGUGGAGUGGGAGUAUGUGAAUAAUGGCCACGACAAGGAGACACUACAGACGAAUGGACCGCUCAGACACGGGGUCCUAAUCAUGGUGCAGUCCCAUGGAGAUGCCAAGGUGACCUUGUCCUAUAAGUACAUCAUCCACAUGGACCUUCUCUCUGCCAUAGAGAACAACAUGCUGCUGGAUGACACCUCCUUCUACGAGUGGGCCCUGAAGAAAUGGUCCUACUGCUCCAAGCCCUGUGGGGGAGGUAAGCAGUAUACCCGGUACGGAUGUAGAAGGAGAGCAGACAGUAAGAUGGUCCACCGACGCUACUGUGAGAACAUCAAGAAGCUUCGCGCCAUCAGCAGAGACUGCAACCAGAAGGAGUGCUCCCAGCCCAUCUGGGAGGAUGGUCCUUGGGAGCCGUGCAGUAAGACGUGUGGUAAAACGGGGUACCAGAUGAGAUCUGUUCGCUGUGUCCAGCCCUUAGACAACGGCAACAAGCGCUCCAUCCACAGCAAGUACUGCAACGAUGACCGUCCUGAGGCACGCAGACCAUGUAACAGAGAGCUCUGCCCUGCACAGUGGAGAGUAGGGUCCUGGACACAGUGUUCCGUGACGUGUGCCAAUGGGACACAGCAGAGGCAGGCGUUGUGUCACACGCGUGACAACACCAUCGGUCUGUGUCUGGACAGCAAGCCAGACACCAUACGCAUAUGUCGCCUGAUGCCCUGUCCCAGAGGCUCGUCAGACCUGAAUAAGAACGGCAACAUCCUGAUACAGUGGCUGUCCCGUCCAGACCCAGACUUGCCCUACCAGAGGAACACUUCACGCAAGCAGCGUUGUCAUGGAGACAGGUCAGUGUUCUGUCGCAUGGAGGUGCUGAUCCGCUACUGCACUCUGCCUGACUACAAGCGCAUGUGCUGCAAAUCCUGCAGCAAUGUGACGGACAGCAGCCUGAGCACCACCGCCCCUCCCCGGGUCACAGCUGUCCCCCUGCCUCGCCCCCGGCCUCUGCCUCAGCCCAAGGACAACAACAUCCCCUUUCAGGGAACAGUUCAUCCAAGAAGUACAACACAUAUACCUUAUACUACGCCACGCCCAAUGAGCACCACAGACACUUAUACAACACCCCAAACAUACUACACUACAUACCCCAUCCCCAUGACCCCAGAGCGCAGUGUGACCCCCAGAGACACAACCAGGAAGUACCCCUCAUUCACCCUCUCCACCAGCACCAGCAUAUACACUACAACUCCAAGCAGCCCUUUCACUGAUAUCACCUUUGUCAGCAACGACACCACAGGUGCAUCAACCACAAUUCCCGGUAGCCUAUUCUCCAUGGAUGAUGUCAUAAAGCCAACUGAAACCAACUACUUUGAGGAUGUCACAUCGCCCAGUGGACCUGUCCCAUACACUGAUGUCACAAUGCUCAGUGGAACUACUGUCCCCAGCGAUGACAUCAUAGAUAUGACCACCCCUGAUUGGCCUGAUUGCACAGAGUACAUAUCUGUGAGGGCCACUGUUCCCAUAACAGAGCAAACGACUGCCCUGCCUCCCACAACAACCAUCGCCACAAUGACAACAAAAACCAAAAAACCCACAUGGCCACCAAGCCGCCAGGAGGAGACCAGAGAGAACAACUCCAUCGAUGAUCCCUACAACCGGGUCAUAGGAGUGGACAACGACAUCUCCCAAAACAACUUGAUCCCCAGACGAAGCCGUGUGUUCCUCAGGGAGAGAACACGGAACAAACGCAUCCAGGAACUCCUGGAGGAGAAGAGGAACUUUCUGUUGAGGAUGAAGCGGGCCCACAGGGGCACUGUGUGAUUACCUUUGACCCUUCCCUUCCCCUUUCUCUUAUAGAGAUUUACCUACGUCUGCUAACAGACUGGAGUUAUUAUUUAACCCUUAACCUGCCUUGGUGCUCUCUAUCAGGCAAAGACCCACCACACACCCAGAGCCACGGUACAGACAUACCACCCUGUUGUUUUACACACACACACCAGCCAGCCACACGGCAAACUGAACUAUGUGGAGAGAGAACCAAAGCCAGAUGUUUGCACAGUUGUUUUGGUCUUGUUGUACGGCUGAGAGUAGAGCCAGAUGAGAUUUGGACCGUACAUCCUCCUGGACCCGUACCACAACAGGGGGAACUUUUAUCUCUCCAAACCUCCCCCAGUGUGCUUAGGUUUCAGAGCAAGGCAAAUACAGUAAAGGUGUAUUCUCUUUCAUAAGCAGCACAUACCUGGAUAAGCUCAGGUUGUGAAACGUUGGACUUUCAGGACAUUCAUGUUGAUAGAGCUCAAAGUAGAUUUUAUUUAUUCUAUUUAAAUGAAGUCUUAUUCCCAAGCACCAUGCCAGGACCUAGGUAAGCUUGCUCAUCCCAAACAAGUCUAACAUUCCAUGUUAGAUUAUAGAUUAUGUGCUGUAAAGGGAAUAGACUAGGGUUGAUUGCCGAGGUUUACCGGGAUAUACCGCUCAAAACCACUCCCUUUUCUCUGGAUAAAUAACUGCAAGAAACCUGUAAAUCAUAAUAAAUGAUUCAUAUGGACAGCAUGGCAUGAAAUGGAACUAUUACAUUAUAUGCCAUGUCUAAAUCUGGCUUCUCUACAGCCUCUGCAUAAUGAAUCAACGCUCAGGGUGGGGACAGACCCAUCUCAGUGUGGAGCGCAGUUCACAAUGCAUGUACACCUAUCAUCUCAUUAUGGUAACUUGUGACAGGUAGGCCUACAUUUGCUACAGCCUAGCCUAUGCUACAGUAAAAUAAAGACCGAAUGCGUGUCUCAUUUAUCCAUCUCCA